ACCAGGUGGAAUGAAUCACUGGUUCCAGAUAUGCAACGCUGCCACAAAAACGCUGUAUGGACAAAAAUCAUAUGAACUUGCCACCCGCCCGAGAUGCCACCAAACAUUGCACCAAACAACAACAAAGACAGCCCUGAGAUACACAGCAGCCUCUUCUGGCUAAAUGUCCCCCCAUCCCGAGCCAUUUCACACCGAUGGCGUGGCCACCUUGUCGUGUGCAGCCGACACCGUCACCGGCCCGUCCAGGAACUUGAAGCUUUCCCGCGCAAUCUGGCAGUUGAGCUUGGCCGAGUUGAACCGCGAGCUCGAACGGGAUCCAUCGGAGCGGCACGCGUUCAUGUUCCGGCAUAACUUGAGCGCCGCUCUCCCCAAGAUUGAAGACUUCCGCCCCCUACCAUCGCAGGUCCCAUUCCUCAUCAACGUCUUCCACGAGAAUGUCAACAUGUUCAUGCAGGUAGCGCACAUUCCCACCAUCCACGAAAUGGCGAGGGGGAUGCGGACGAAUGGCCCAAAUAGCCUGUCCUCGUCCAACGAAGCACUGUUCUUCUCCAUCUACUAUGCGGCGGUGACGUCAAUGGAAGACGAUGAUGUUCUUGCCAACUUCGGUACCACCAAGAACGAGCUGGGUCUUAAGUUCCGGCUUGGAUUUGAGCACGCCUUGGCCAAGGCCGACUUUCUCAACUCGCCAGACUUGACACUGGUGCAGGCCUUGACAAUAUUUCUUUUCCUCGUGCGCCGAUACGACAGCCCUCGUUAUGUCUGGAUGUUGACUGGCGUUGCCAUCAGGAUGGCCAAGUCACUCGGGCUGCACAGGGACGGCACAUCCUUUGCCAACCUCACGCCCUUUGAAAUCGAAAUGCGCCGCCGGGUCUGGUGGGCACUGUACAUGCUCGACCUCCGAUCCUCAGAGGACCAAGGGACAGAUAUCACCAUCCUCGAGGGGAGCUUCGAUACAAAACGGCCACUGCACAUCAACGACGACGACAUCUCCCCACAGACCAAGGAAACGCCGCGGGAGCGUCAAGGAUAUACAGACAUGACGAUUCCCGGAGUGUACAUGGAGACGGGCAGCAUGGCCAUCAAGUUACUGUUCGUCGACGCCAAGGACGGCGUGCCCGACAUUGAGUACUAUGGUCGUCUGAUCGUCGAGAGCUACGCCACCUUGGACAAGUACGGCUCGCAGAUCGGAAAUAUCCGACACCGCAUGGGAAUGAUCAUCGCCUCCCUGGUGCUGUCCAAGGUCACGCUCAUGCUCUACCUCCCCGUGGUCGCCGCCUCGCCACACGCCGCUGGCGCCGAGGCAAUCUGCACCAAGCUGCUAACCUCGGCCAUCGAGGUCGCCGAGUUCCACCACGAGCUCAACGACGAAAAGGCCUUCCGCCAGUGGCGCUGGAUGUUCCAGACUUACACGCACUGGUACGCCAUCGUGUACAUGCUCAUCCAGAUCUCCCGCCGGCCCUGGUCGCCCACCUCGGAGCGGGCGUGGAUCGCGCUGCACAGCCCCUGGCUGAUCCCAAAGUACCCGCAGCACGUCGACAGGAACAACCAGGUCGUGGUCCCGCUGCGCAGGCUCAUGGCGCGGAGCCGCGAGCACCGCGCGCGCGAGCUGUGCCGGCUCCAGGCCGACCCGCAGGCCAUGCGCGCCAUCGAAGACGACGAGAGGCGCAUAGCCCAGCCGCGGAGCGCCGGCAUAGACGUCCCCAGCUCGGAUGUGCGGGCAUACUACUUUGACCGCUGGCGGUACAUCAUC